UUGGGUUUUCAUCGAGCGAAGUGUAAUAUUUAUGUAAAGAUUUAACAAAAACAAAAAGCAGAUGAUAUCAAAGAUAUCUUAAACAUUGAAAAAAAAAAUACGAAGUACAAUUUACCUUAAGAAUUACGAACUGGAUUUUUAAUACAGUAGGUAACACAAUCAAAAUGCUCGAGGCAGACCUGUUUGCUUAUAUGAAUGAUAGUGAUGAAGAGGAUCAAAGACCUAAUUAUAGUUCUGAUGAUGAAUUCAUUGAUAAUGCGAAUGAAGAUCACUUUGUAGAUAAGGAUGAUUUGGAUAAUAACAUUAAUGUUGAGUUUCAUCGAAAUGCAGUGACAGCGCUUAAUCAAUGCCCAACACUAAAAGCAAGAAAACUUUGUGUGUUUAAUUUAGACUAUAAGUUACAUCACAGUGAUCAUUACGACAUUGGUGGAACAUACAGUAAGCAAAAUCCUAAUUUGUGGUUUUACUGUACAACAACAGUAUGUCCAGGUGGAAAUUAUCUUUUGAAUAUAUUUGUGUGUCACCGGAACACAGGUUCAUUCAAAAUCAGCAUAAGCGACAUCGAGACACAUAUCCAGAUGAAAGACUUGACAGUAUUUUCAAAAUAUUUACUAUUGCCAAAUAAAUUGAUAUCAAAAACAUUUAGAUCGUCUCAAGCAGAUAAGAAUCAUUAUAUAAAAUCAUUUUGCUUUACAAAAGAAGUUGUUGAUAAUCUUCACAAAACUCUUAGUAUUCCAAUUGAAAUUGAACUUAAGCCAAAAUGUCCAGUCGAUAAAGAUUUCUUAAGAAAAAUUAAGUUGAAACAUUGCUUGUCUGGUAUGUUUCAAAGGCAAGAAAAUACCGACUUUAUUCUAGAAUCUAAGAGUGGAAACAAGUUUGAUGUCCACAAAAUACUUCUAGCAACACAUAGCAAUGUUUUAAAAGAAAUUAUCAAAAAAUCAGAAUCAAACUGCGCUGUUGUUGAUAUGAAUGAUGAUGAAAUUGAAGUGUUGCUUGAAUACCUGUAUUCAGUUUCAGAAAAAUCUGUUGUAGAUGAAAAUAGUUUUAAAUUUUUAGAUGUAGCCUACAGAUUCAAACUUGAAAAUCUUAUUCCAUUGAAGCAAAGUGAGAUCAUCCAAAAAUUAACUAUUAAAAAUGCAAUAGAGGUAGCUGUACUUACAGAGAAAUACAAACUAGAAAGUAUACAAAAAAUUGUAUUCGAAUUUAUUAAGAAAAACCCAGAAGUACUUGAAACUGAAGGCUGGAAAAAUUUAAAUGAUGUGGUUCUAACAAAAAAGUUGUUUAACAUAUGUAAACAAAAAUAAAUAGUUUAAGUUAUAGAAUACUCUAAAUAUUCAUUUGAAUUAUUAAGAAAAUUGUUUUUAUAUUUUAUUUAUUGUUAUUAAAAAAAAAACU